ACCACUUCUGAUUUCCAUAUUGCUCAUUUCUAGAUCCCAAUACUUGCCUCCUUCUCCCGCUGGAGCUCGCUGCUUUGUCCCCACUCACAUGGAUACCCUGGAGCCAGAUUAGAGAGAGGGGCAAGGGGAGAUUGCAAAGCUAGUAUGCAGGGAACCACAGCUGAUGUGCACCUCAACAGUGUAAUCACUGAUGUCUUCUUAGCUCCAGGUCCCGCUUGGCCUGUCCCCAGAGCUUAGGAUCUGAGCAGCAGGACCUUCUCCAGCAGACCUGGCACACGCGGGAGUGCUGGAAGGGGGGGGUCUUUGUACCCUAUGAGGCCACUCUGUACCUGCCUAGGGCUUUUGGUUAGGGUGAUGCCCCAUCCUCGCUUGUUACGGAGAGCGAAAAUAGUUCGGGAGCCCCACGCCCCACGAACGCGUUGCUGGAAAUACAUCUGUUUAUGACAGAGGGGAGUAAAACCACGGGGAUCUGGUCCAUGCUGGGACCAGUGGUGGCUGAGCAGGAAUGCUGCCUUGGUCAUGGUGCUGUGACUGCGAGGUUUUUUUUUCUAUUUUGGGGCAUGCUAUUUGCAUUCUUGCCAGUGAAAGGCUUCCCCUGUAAUUAUCAGUUGAUUUAAUGCACUGUCUAAGCUGUCAUUCACAGCUGCCUGCUUGGUAGCACUUGGCAUGCAGUGCUUCCAGCCGUACAAAGCCUCUUGCCACGCUGGUUGCACCUCAGACAGCACCAGGACCCCCAGGCAGCAGCAGUGAACUCCAUUUCUCUGUGGCGUGGCCCUUCCUGGAGAGAAAAAUGUCCCUGUCGCACACGGCUGCCGAGUACAUGCUUUCAGAUGCCCUCCUCCCAGACCCCAGCAGCUCCCGCGCCAAGGGCUUGCGGCUGGAGCUGCCGAGCGACCGCGUGCUGAAGUUCAUUGCUGUGGGGCUGCCCCUCUUCCUUGUCUCGCUGGCCUUCGCCCGGGAGUUCUCUGCUGGCUCACAGAUCAGCUGUUUCUCACCCUCCAACUUCACGGGGAAGCAAUCUGCCUAUGCUGACACGGCUUGCUGGGACUCACUCCUCCACCAUGGCUUCGAUGCUGAGGGACGUGCUGUCACCAAGUCCCUUUGGGCUCUCAAGGUCUUCCCGUACUCGCUGCUGGUGGUGGCGGUGCUCAUGUACCUGCCCUACCUGCUGUGGCGUUACGCAGCCUCUCCCGCCCUCCACUCUGACCUCCUCUUCAUCAUCGAUGAGCUGGACAAGUCCUACAACCGCUCUGUGCGCCUGGUACAGCACAUGAGGAAGGUCCAGCAGGCGAGCGAUGAUCCGGAGCAGUUCUGGGAGGAGUACGAGAGGGCUCGCCAAGAGAGGUACUUUGAGUUCCCAUUGCUGGAGCGCUACCUUGCCUGCAAGCAGCACUCCCACUCCCUGGUCAUCAUCUACCUCCUGAGGAACCUCCUCCUGCUCUUGUUCUUGGCUGCCACUUGCCUCUACCUGGUCUUCCUCCACCUCAACAUCUUCUUCCAGGAUGAGUUCAGUUGCUCCAUCAAAACAGGGCUGCUGCAGGCUGAGCCUCAUGUUCCUCCACUCAUCCCCUGCAAGCUGGUCUUCUUCUCUGUCUUCCAGCUCAUCAGCCUCACGGUUGGUGGUGUGUAUGUCCUCCUUAUGCCUGUUGUCAUCUACAGUGCCCUGCAGCUCUGUCAGUGGGACAAGGGGCUGCUCUCUGUCUACGAGAUGUUGCCUGCCUUUGACCUUCUUAGUCGCAAGAUGCUUACCUGUCCCAUCAAUGACCUCAAUGUCAUCCUCCUCUUCCUCCGGGCCAACAUCUCCGAGCUGACGUCCUUCAGCCGCCUCAAUGCCGUCAGUGCCUUGCGGGAGGCCACUGCUGAGAAGCAGGACAUCGAUACCGUUGUUGACUUCAUGACGCUGCUGGCUGGGCUGGAGGCCACCAAGCCCAAAUACCAGGCUUGCAUGCCCCUGGGCAACGGCGAGGCCAUAGGGACUGGUUCUGGCAGCCAGGGCCAUGAUGCUACCGCGAGCCCAUGCGUGGGUAGGAGUUGCUAUAGGAACAGUUUUGCUGAGAAGACUGCAGAGCUGGAGACUUAAAGCCAAACUCUGGGAAAAUUGGGGGGCUGGGGGGCUGUCCUCAUUUUUGGAGAAGGCAACAGCCCAGCCUACUGAUGGCUGGGGACAAACUAAAUUUUGGGGUGGUGGCGUGAUAUUCUGCUGUUACCGUGAUAGUGGGGUGGUGGGCAGGCUCCCAAGACACCAGCGCUUCCUCUCUCACAUGCUUGGAUUUUUGGGGAGCUGGGGGCACCUUCUUUGCUGUCUUUUCAAGCUGCUCACUGUGGUUUCUGGGCUCUGCAAGACAGCUCAUCCCUGGCAGGGUGGGAGCCAGGAUGUCUGCACUCCUUUCCUGGCCCUGAACAUGCAGCCUGCGGUCUGUGGUUUUAAAAUGAAUAAAUAUGGAAAGAAAGAAAGAUUGAGCUGUAUUUAGCAUCCUUGUUGGCAUGGCAACUGCAGGGCUAGCAUAACCAGCUCUGGGGCUAGCUGGCAGAGAAAACCCGGGAUGCUGGGUUGAGGUGGUUCAAAGGUCCAAGUAAUGAUAUCUUCUUCCCCCAACCCU